GCAUCAGUUGUGAUUUCUUAAGUGAAUCAGUGAGUUCUGUGGAAGACAUUUGUAGUUGAAAAAAAAAUAAGAAGUCUCAAAGAUGAAGACCAUUGUGAUUGUUCUGUCUUGCAUUGUUGCGUGUUGUUUGGCCGCUCCUCAGGGUCCACGGGAUAAUGAAGUGCAACUGGUACGAUAUGUGAAUAAUCAAGAUCAGGAUCAGGAAGGAGGAUACCAAUUUACGUAUGAGUUGAGUGAUGGACAGAUCCGUUCUGAAUCUGGUGCCCUAAAGGAUGUUGGCGAAUCACCUGUGAUUGUUGUUCAGGGAGCUUAUACCUUUGUGGGACCUGAUGGACUAAUCUACUGGGUGAACUACACAGCCGAUGAGAAUGGUUUCCAUCCUGUGGUCGGAACUGGACCCGAGGGUGGUAUCAAGCCAGGACAGGAUCAAGGAAUUGACCCUAAUGCCCUGAAAUCUCUCGUUGGAUAAGCACUUACUUCCAUCCCAUUAUCCUCAAAAGACAUCCAAUCCGUCCAAUACAGAGAAGACUCUAAAUUAACCAGUAUUUAACUGUCUUCAGUUGUUAUCCCUUUGAGAUGGUGAUGUUCUCAAAGGGAUGUCAAGGUAUCACUUGUUGAAAUGCAAUUUUUCCCCUUGCUGACCACUUUUUUUUACCCAAAAUAAAAAAAACUCCAAGU